AUGGCUUGCAGCAUCAUCUUGCAAGAAUUGGAGAACUCUAGAUGGAUCGUAAGCGUGGUUCUAUUGCGAGGCGGUGAGCUGGUUGUAGUUGAACCUGACGUAAUUAGAAAGGGACCAUACUCAAAAGACCUUGAAUAUGGCAAUAUGGCGCAAACAAGAAUUACGGGUUAUGUUAUUGCUGCACAGCUUUAUACAGACUUUUUGACAGGUGCCGAGUAUCUGCUUAUACUCAAGGAUUGUGGCGUUUUGGAAGUAUUAGAUAGCAACCUGGACCGACUGGAUAUGUUAGAUAUAUCUAGAGCAGGAAACGGAAACGAGCAGCCUCUCAUGGUCUUGGACGACAGAAACCAAAAAAUAUAUGUGAAUACCAAGAAGAAUCAAAUAAUGGCGAUCCAGUUCAAAGUGUCUGGCGAACGGUUCAACUUCAUACGAAGUGAUAAAAAUCCUCAAAGUAUAUUUGAGCCCGUUGAAAGUAUUAUAAACAUGGAAAUAUCAUGGCACGUCGAUUUUGAAUUCGGCAGAGAUUUUGUUGCAAUGUCGGUACUUCUAUUUGACGAAUUUUCCAAGAGGUACUACUUUGAGGUAAUCAAACAGCAACAGGUUGAUACUCGAAAAAAGAAACAGCCUUGGCUAUCAUUGAUUGAAAAAACGCCCUUAGAAGUUGAUGCGUAUCGAACAACAGCUUCAAUGAACUCAAAGAGGUUGGUCACUUUUAAAGCCGUAUCAAAUAUUGGGUUCUUUAUUUUUAGUUUGCACUGCAAUUUCUUUUUUGAGUUGCCUGGGGGAUCUAUGCAUACUCUUGCUGGCAAACAAAUAGAAAAACUUGUAAAAUGCGAAUGUCUUGAUGAAUCGUUUAAUGAUAACAGUUGUGGAGAUAUUGAACUUCACUCAUCAGUUCUUUUACUGCAGACUGUCAAUGACCUAAAGUUUACAGUCGUCACCACUUCAAAUUUCGCUAUUACUGUCAAGAUUGAUCUAGUACAGGAAGACACUGAGGAGCUUGUGUACCACUGGGAUCGAUUCCUUUCGAGUAAGCACGUUCUAUGUGGACUACCAACAACGGCGACUGGCUGUCAAGUUGUGCAAUUCAUGCCAUUAAACUCUUCACAAUGUAUACUGCUGACAGUGACAAAUGGUAUAAUAUUCAUUGGCACGAAGAACUUUAGGAUAUACCACACUAUUUCUUUUCCACUACGUACGGCCUUUUAUUCUGCAGGUGUUGGAGAAAACUUCAGCAAACAUGUCGUCUGUGGUGGUUCACAAGACAACAAAGGCUUUUUAGAGUCUCGGUGGAUCGGUCUUAAAGAUUUCUUAUCUCUAAACCAGACAUUUACCUCUCCAAACAAAAUUUUUAAGAUAUGGUCCACUCGUGAUAGAGUAUGGUGGAAAACUCAUGAUGGUAGGUUUUAUCAAGAUGGUAAAAUUGUUGACGUCCCUUCGUCAGUGAUUCAUAUCUCGAUGAGCGAUGAAGUAGUGAGCGAAAGUGCUAUUAUUAUUGCCACAAAUAUCGAAAAUGACGAAGAAGGAAAUUAUUGUUUCAUUACAAGUGGAGGUAUGCUUUGCUGGUCAAACGAAGAUCUCCAGAUUAAAAUAAAAAAUUUCAAAAGUUCUAAGUUAGUUAGAUAUAAUUUAGCCUGUUUCAAGGACGCCGAAGGUACAAAAGUGACAGUUAUAGCAAUCGAUAAUGUUUUGACAUUACUGCGGGGCCACUCCGUGAAUACCGAAUCCCUCAAUGUCACUUCUAGAUUGGAAGCAAUUUCAAUGUUGUGCGUUGUUCCUUCUCCGCAGCCGAAAUACGUAUUGCUUGGCGAUAUUGGUGGAAGGUUACUUAGGCUUGACAUGGAAAGUAUGGCAAUUGUUUCAGAAAUAAAAGUGAGUUGUGGAAGAGUUCGAUUUUGUGGUAUCCCAAAAAGCGGUGAUGUUUUCGUCUACACUCCAGACGACUUACUUGUCUGGGAUCAUAGCGAUUUUCACAUAACAAGAGUUGAUUUUAAACAUACCAUAUGCCAUAUAAGCUCUAGAAAUGAGAUGAUUGAUAUUAUGAUUGAUGAUUAUACUGUAAUCUCUUGUAGUGUUCAUUCAGACCUAUUAGGGACAGAAAUGAUAACGAGUUCUAUUACUAGUAGUUCGCAUUUCCACACGAAAUUCGUACAACUUCCUUGCUCAACAAGGUACGUGGUUACCAACUCCCUGCGAUCCGAAUAUAGUGUGGAUUACAAAAGAAAUAUUCUACACACAGAACUGCAGCUUCAUGAUAUACAGUCAGGAAAGACAGUUUCUCGCCAUGACGUAUCCAAGCUGUUUCCGCAAGCAAUAAUUUCUGAUAUAGCGGCAGUUCCGUUUGAAGAAGGGUUUGAGUUAGGUCUCAAAGCAAGUGAAAAAAAGUCUUUCGCUGAACGACAGACACUUAGUAAGUGUUUUAUCGUAUCAUUAGAUUAUGAAACUGCAGAAGAUGAUAACGAACUAAACAACCUUCUUCUUUUCUCAAUAGAUGACGGUGUUAUAGAGUUUCAUCUUGGUCUAAGAACGAGAAGCGUGGUUACAACAUUAAAGAAUUAUUAUCAACAUCUUUUUUUAGCUGCGGGAGACGUGCUUCAGAUCUUCAAAAUUGACUACUCUGUGAAAGAUAAUGCGUUUAAGAUUGAAUCUGUCUCCAACGAAAUAACUCUUUUGGGAUUCACGAAAAGCCUUCUGCUCUUAGAGAAUUUUUCUUUAAAUCAUGAUGAAAAGAAGAUGCCUAAAAGGAACGACUACAUUUUCCCCUCUCAUAGGGUAGUUGGGCUCAAUAUUUUCAAGGGUUUCCAAGAAUACGAACUUUUCUGCAACGACGAGCACUGCAAUCAAAAUUUGGAAAUUCCGUAUAUUAUACGAAUUAGGCCAAUACCAAACUCUCGACGAAUCAUUGAAUCAAUUGAGACUUUCAAUGAUCAGAUGAUGACAAGCGCAUCUUUAAUUAACGGAACCGGCAUAUAUCUUGCAGUUGCUUGGACAAACAACGUCGUUACGAUUUGUCGCACGUCCUACAAUGGUCUUAAAGAAUCAGUUGAAUUCAAAAUGCCUUGUCAAGUAACCAAUAUAACCUCCUUUGGCCAAAAUACAUUUAAUUCUGAUGUGGCAUCUGAAGAAGGAAAAAACAUCUCGGAUAUCUUUAUGGUAACUACGUGUCAAGGAGGUAGCUAUAUUUUGCACUUCGAAUCAAAUUUGUCAAUCAAGAGUGAACAGCAUCAAAUGCUUGAAGAGCAAAACCGUUUCAUAGCAGUGGCAGAGGAUGGAAUCGGUUUCAUAGACACUAGAAUUCUUGAUGUAAAGAAAAGCUCUCAUGAUCUCGCCAUGGAUGCAUUUUAUCAACCGUUCUCUCACCGACAUUACUGUUAA